GAGCAACUUUCAAUAUGACAGGUCACAUCCAUUGAGAGUGUCAAAACAAUAAGAGGCAUUGUGAAUUUAAAUGAUGGGUCAAUUUCUACAUUAUUACUUGUUUCCACUUUUUUGCAGGGGAGAGAAAAACUUCCAUAUUUUCUAUUAUAUCUAUGCUGGCCUAGCGCAGAAGAACAAGCUGGCUCAUUAUAAGUUGUCCAAAGGUCAACCACCAAGGUAUCUUCAGGAUGAGAAAAUUACAAUGAUGGAAGAAAUUGUAACUAAUUAUUUCUACAAGGUCCAGUUUGAAGCCCUCGAGCAGUGUUUCAAAGUCAUUGGUUUCACCCUGGAGGAACUGGGGAACAUAUACAGCAUUCUGGCAGCCAUAUUGAAUAUCGGCAACAUUGAGUUCACCUCAGUUGUGACGGAACACCAGACUGACAAAAGUAACAUUGUCAAUCUUGAAAUGCUUGAAAAUGCCUCUUCAUUGCUCUAUAUCCAAACUGAUGAGCUGCAGGAGGCUCUCACCUCUCACUGUGUAGUCACUCGAGGAGAAACAAUUGUACGACCCAAUACAGUAGAGAAAGCAACUGAUGUCAGAGAUGCGACAGCCAAGGCUUUAUAUGGUCGCCUGUUCAGCUGGAUAGUCAACCGCAUCAAUACCUUACUAAAACCUGAGACAUUUCUGAGUGAUGAUGUUGAUAGUACAGACAAAGGAGCCAACAUUGGAAUUCUUGAUAUUUUUGGCUUUGAGAACUUUAAGAGAAAUUCCUUUGAACAGUUAUGCAUUAACAUUGCCAAUGAACAGAUUCAGUUCUACUUCAAUCAACACAUCUUUGCGUGGGAGCAGAAUGAAUACCUGAAUGAAAAUGUAGAUGCUCGUCUAGUUGAAUAUGAAGACAAUCGACCAUUGCUGGACAUGUUUCUGCAGAAACCUGUGGGCCUUCUGUCACUGCUGGAUGAAGAAAGUCGCUUUCCUCAAGCCACUGACCAUACACUUGUAGGGAAGUUCGAAGACAAUCUCAAGUCAAAUUAUUUCUGGAGACCAAAAACGGUUGACUUAAGCUUUGGAAUUAAUCAUUAUGCAGGAAAGGUUCUUUACAAUGCCAGUGGCUUUCUAGCAAAGAAUCGAGACACUUUGCCAGCAGAUAUAGUCCUGUUGUUGAAAUCAUCUGACAAUAAAAUUACCAGGCAGGUUGUAACACACCCACUAACAAAAUCAGGAAAUCUGUCUCAUUCCAGAGGAAAAGGUGCAACUGUCCCUCGAGUUCGAACUCCUCAGCAUGCUACCAACCACUCAAAGGUGGAUGACUCUGUAUUUCACAGCUAUUAUUGCCUUUGUGAGACAUGUCUCCAAGAAAAACAACAGCUCCAAAUGCCACUCAAGAAGUCAGCAACUCACAACAACCUUCGGAACUCGUUCCGCCUGCCACAAGCAACUGCAGAGGUUGACAACGGAGAUUCUGCACUUAAUCCCAGGGAAACGACUAACAUGAAGACACAGACUGUUGCCUCUUAUUUCAGGUUUUCUCUCAUGGAUCUGCUGUCCAAGAUGGUGGGUGGUCUCCCUCAUUUUGUUCGUUGCAUUAAACCCAACAAUGACCGCCACGCUAAGAAAUUUGAUCAAGAGAAGGUCCUGGUCCAACUUCGUUACACGGGAAUUUUGGAGACAGCCCGAAUCCGAAGACAAGGAUAUUCACAUCGCAUUCUCUUUGCCAAUUUCAUUGAAAGGUACUCCAUUCUUGCAUUUAAGUCGACUGAAGAACCACCAGUGAGUCCUGAUGCAUGCGCUGCCAUCUUGGAAAAAGUUAAGCUUGAAAACUGGGUUCUGGGGAAGACCAAGGUGUUCCUUAAGUAUUACCAUGUGGAACAGCUCAAUCUCAUGAAGAAAGAUAUCACAGAUCGAAUAGUACUCAUACAGGCCUAUGUGAAGGCCUGGCUUGGAGCUAAAAGGUACAGAAGGAUACAAGAGAAGAGACAACAGAGUGCUGUUGCCAUUCAGUCAGCUUACAGAGGGCACAAAGUGAGGAAGGACAUUGCUAUUGAAAAACAGAAGAUAGAGCAGAGCACCAUCAAACUCCAGGCUGCGACAAGAGGAUACCUGUGCAGAAAAGAAUACAAAGAGAUGAUGGAGGAACAGAGAAGUGCUGCAAUAAAAAUCCAGGCUCACUACAGAGGCUAUGUGGAGAGAAGGGAUAUCAACAUGAAAAUAGGACAUGACACAAAGCAAACAAAUAUCUCUGGUCAAGAAAGGAACUCAAUAGAGGGUGAUGGAGUUAAAAACGAUCGUGUGUCCAAUAAAAGCACUAAAAACAAGCUUGGGGAAAAUCCAGAAAGGACACCAUCAGGCUGUGCUCUGAUCACGCCGGAUGUGAAAGUUGAAGAGCGUGGAGGUCCAAAAGUCAUUCCUGGUAACCAAGAGAAAGGACUAAGCAAGGAAGAAGACACCAAAGCUGCAAUUGUUAUUUCAAAUAAAGAACCAGGUGCCACAGUUAUUCAGAGCAAGAUCAGAGAACACAAAGACGUGAAGGAAAAAGGGAAAUUAGAUGGAAAAGGUCAGUUGACAAUCCAAGAAAAAUCUACAACAAUCGGUUUGGAGAAGGAUGAAGAACAAGCAGCAAUGAAAAUUCAAAGCAAUUACAGAGGCGAUAAGGAAAGAAAACAAAUUCAAGAUAAUACUAAGAGAGAAGGAGAAAUGUUUGCUACCUUUUCAAAGCAGAUAACAAAGCGUUCUGAGGAAUUCUUGAUGGCUCAGAAGAAGCUGAAUGACGUCCUUGGUUCACAAUAUCUAACGUUUAAAAACCAGAAUCCACCACCUGAAAAAAAACAACCUGAGAAAAAACCACCAAUUGAGAGAUCUCCAUCACCAGGUCCCAAUAGAGGAGCUGAUCAGAAACAACAAAGAACCCCCAGACGAACACAACCACCAAAGACACUGAAUACUCCUGAAGACAGCACCUAUUACAACCUCAUCCAUAGAUCUGUGCAAGAUGGAAAAAGAAGACCUCGGAAAGACAGCCUCCAGCCUAUUUGCCUCUGUUCUAGAUGCCAAGUAAAGUUGCUGGAUGCAGAUGAUCGUUACUACAAACAAAUUACACCCAAUGAUCCACUGUCCAGGGACAAUCAUGUUGAAGCAACAGGGAGAAUACCACCUGCACAAGCCAGAUCCACAACACCUAACCGUUCCAACAGCCCAUCAGCUCCAAAAGAAGGCAGUCAAGAUGAAGAUAAUCCAUAUGACUAUAGGAGAUUGCUACGAAAAACGUCCCAGAGGAAUCGUCUUAUCAAGCAAUGUUAACUUAUAACCUUGCAGCGUUCUUACUUAUGCACUGUUUAAAUGCAUUUCUGGAACUCUCCCACAAGUUAACUAUUGUACAUAUGUUCAUACUGUGCAAUAACAGCAAUAGCCAUUUGUAUUAAUAGGUUGCUUGGAUGUAAUCAAGUAGUAAAAUGUUUUGUGUUGAAUCAUAAUGUGAAAUUUUCCUUUGGUCAUAAUUAAUGUUCUUUGUGAAAACAUUAAGCCAAAUAUUAAUAUUACCAAAUGGAGAAUGAAGUGAAAUCAGUUGACUGAUGUUAUAGUAAUUUAAAAGCAAAAAAGUUUCAAAUGCUCAGGAAAUAAACGAAAUUGUAAAUUUUUAACUUAAAAUACAUCGAUCUCAUGCUGUGCCUUACUAAAUUAGAUCCUCUGUUAUCUGAUGUAAAACAAGAUAUUGUGGAACCUGGAAAUUGGAAUUAAAAGCAGAACAACACCCAGCAUGUCAGGUGGAGAGAGAAACAGCAUUUCUGUGCAGAACCCACCAUCAGAGAUAAAUGCACUUUCUGACCAACAUGACCAGUGCCAUCCUGCUAAUUGAGUAAAUGCC